AUUUUCGGUUUUAUUUUUUUGUAAAAAUUGAACGGAGAUGUAAACUAUUCGCCCCCGCCAACCGAGCAGCGCUUCCUAUAAAUUAAGAACAAUUUUCUCCGUUUCGCACGCCGCAAAAUAAAAUAAAUUCAAAUCGAAGAGCAGCGAAGAUUACGUAACACUUUGGCUGCAAGUACCAUAAAUAACUCUUAUAAAAAGGCAAAACGAUCCACUAAACAAAAAAACACCAUAAAUAUCCCAAAAACAAAUUCGAGACGGAAGUGUAACUGUUUUUUUUCUGCGCACAGCGGCGCAUCCUGUUUGAGCUUAUCGCGCACUUACACACCCACACACACAGAGAGAGUCAGAGGAGACACUGGCUGGCGCUCUCGCAUACGUAUAAGAGCUGUGAAAACGAAAGCAUUAAAGCCGCCCAAUUGAUUAGCAACAUCCCCACCACGGUCUCUCUAUAUCUCUAUCUGCAUCUCUCUCUCACCGGCAACUUAACCAAAUCGGAGUACUCAGAGAACACACAAAGCCAGCCAAGAUGACUGGUUUUACAAACGCUGGCUUCGAGAACGAUGAGCCCGUCAAGCCAAAAGCUGGUUUCGAGCCAGACACCGCCUCGCUGCGAGAGAAAGUUGUGCUGAAUCCGGGCGAGAAAUGGCGCAUUUUAAAGAAUAUCUCAAUCAUCUCGAUCGCCUUUAUGGUGCAGUUCACUGCGUUCCAGGGCACGGCCAAUCUGCAAUCCUCGAUCAACUCGAAGGAUGGACUUGGCACAGUGUCGCUCAGUGCCAUUUAUGCGGCGCUGGUUGUCUCUUGCAUCUUCCUGCCCACGCUGAUCAUUCGGAAGCUGACGGUUAAAUGGACGCUCGUUUGCAGCAUGCUCUGCUAUGCGCCGUACAUUGCCUUCCAGCUGUUCCCGCGCUUCUACACCCUCGUGCCGGCUGGCAUUCUGGUGGGUAUGGGGGCGGCGCCGAUGUGGGCGUCCAAGGCCACAUAUCUGACACAGGUUGGGCAGGUGUAUGCUAAGAUAACUGAACAAGCUGUCGAUGCCAUUAUUGUGCGCUUCUUUGGCUUCUUCUUCCUGGCUUGGCAAUCCGCCGAGCUCUGGGGCAAUCUCAUCUCCAGCUUGGUUCUGUCGAGCGGCGCACAUGGUGGCAGCAGCAGUGCCAAUUCCACAAUCAGUGAGGAGGAUUUGCAGUAUUGUGGUGCCAACUUCUGCACCACCGGCACCGGCGGCCACGGCAACCUGGAGCGUCCGCCAGAGAACGAGAUCUUCGAGAUCUCCAUGAUCUAUCUGUCGUGCAUUGUGGCCGCCGUGUGCAUCAUUGCCUUCUUCCUGGAUCCCCUCAAGCGCUACGGUGAGAAGCGCAAGGGCUCCAAUUCGGCGGCGGAGCUGUCCGGCCUUCAGCUCCUGUCGGCCACGUUCCGUCAAAUGAAGAAACCCAAUCUGCAGCUGCUCAUACCGAUCACCGUCUUCAUUGGCAUGGAGCAGGCGUUCAUUGGCGCCGACUUCACCCAGGCCUAUGUGGCGUGCGCCCUGGGCGUGCACCAGAUUGGCUUCGUCAUGAUCUGCUUUGGCGUCGUCAACGCUCUCUGUUCCAUACUCUUUGGCUCUGUGAUGAAGUACAUUGGCCGCACGCCCAUCAUUGUGCUGGGCGCCGUCGUCCACUUCACGCUCAUCUCCGUCGAGCUCUUCUGGCGGCCCAAUCCCGACAAUCCGCUCAUCUUCUACGCCAUGUCCGGCCUGUGGGGUGUCGGCGACGCCGUCUGGCAGACGCAGAUCAACGGUCUCUACGGCCUGCUCUUCAGGCGAAACAAGGAGGCCGCCUUCUCGAACUAUCGCCUCUGGGAGUCGGCUGGCUUCGUCAUCGCCUACGCCUAUGCCACAACGCUCUGCACCCGCAUGAAGCUCUACAUUCUGUUGGCUGUCCUCACGCUCGGCUGCAUUGGCUACGUCAUUGUGGAGAUUCUGUACAGAAAGAAGCAACGCAAGAUCAAGAAGCAGGAGAAGCUCGAGGCUGCCGAGAAGGAGAAGGAGGCUGCGGCUGCUGCAGCAGCCGCUGCCGCUGCCGCCGAGACCAACAAUGGCUUCGGCGACGCCGUCGAAGAGACCGAUGAUGAGCUGGACGAUCUCGAGGAAGAUAUUGUAGUCACGCGCCUGUAAUAGUCGUCAUUUGUUAAUUGUUGUACGUUCUUUUUGUUUAUUUUCGCUGACGGCGACGACGCGUCGUCGUUGCGGCCGCAACAGCAUCAACUGUUAACGCUUAACAGUGCGCAAUUCUGUUAAUCAAACACGAGUGCAAAAAAUGUUAAACAUAGAUUCAAAUACACACAUACAUACACACACACACGCACACUGUUGCAUAACUGGAGGCGCACACACACAUUUCGUCGGCCCAUCGGCGACGCGUCCGAGCACUUUGUCGUUGUAGUUGUCGUAGUACUUAGUACAUUCCCCCUUCCCAAAUCCAUUCAAUA